UUUCUGCCGAUAUUUUUGAUUGGACAAAAACUUAUAUAAUACUUUAUACUCUCCAGCUUACGGGUCUCAUUUUGUGCACGCUUCUGUUUACCUCUGACGGGCAACAAAAGAGUGUCUGUUAAAAAAAAAUUAAAAAAAAACUAAACAGGCUGAGAUUAAAUCAUCAUGUCUGACAACUGGAAUCUCCAAGAUGAUAUUUCUGUUGAUGACCCAGAAAUUUAUGAGCUCAUAAAAAAAGAAAAAGAUAGGCAGAGGCGAGGCUUGGAAAUGAUUGCAUCUGAGAACUUUGCAAGUAAAUCAGUACUCCAAGCUCUAGGCUCUUGUCUCAACAAUAAAUACUCAGAAGGUCAACCAGGUCAACGAUACUAUGGAGGUAACCACAUCAUUGACCAGGUAGAACGUCUGUGUCAAGCAAGAGCUUUGGCUGCUUAUGGUUUAAAGCCUGAUGAAUGGGGAGUAAAUGUCCAGCCACUUUCUGGGUCACCAGCAAACUUUGCUGUUUAUACUGCCCUAGUUGAGCCUCAUGGUCGAAUCAUGGGGCUCCAUCUACCUGAUGGUGGUCAUCUAAGCCAUGGUUUCAUGACUAACCAAAAGAGAGUGUCUGCCACAUCUGUAUAUUUUGAAUCAUUCCCUUAUAAAAUUGACCCUAAAACUGGUUUGAUCAACUAUGAUGAGCUUGAAGCCAAUGCCAAAAUGUUUCUGCCAAAAGUCAUUAUUGCAGGCAUCAGUUGUUAUUCGAGAGAUCUUGAUUACAAACGAUUCCGUCAGAUAGCUGAUGAAGUAGGAGCUUAUUUGCUAGCAGACAUGGCUCAUGUCAGUGGUUUGGUGGCUGCUGGUGUGGCUCCUAAUCCAUUUGAGUAUUGCGAUGUUGUGUCAACUACUACACACAAAACUUUGAGAGGACCCAGAUCUGGCAUGAUUUUUUUUAGAAAAGGGGUACGAAGAGUAGCAAAAGAUGGAACAAAAGUAAUGUAUGACUUAGAGAAAAAAAUAAACGAGGCUGUGUUUCCUGGUCUACAAGGUGGCCCACACAAUCAUCAAAUAGCAGCUGUGGCAGUUGCACUAAAGCAAGCAGCUACCCCAGAGUUUAAAGCCUAUCAACAGCAAGUAAAGAGCAAUGCACAGACCAUGUGCAAGUUUUUAUUAGAGAAAGGCUACACAGUUGUAUCAGGUGGAACAGAUAAUCAUCUUGUCCUUGUGGAUCUAAGGAACAAAGGUUUAGAUGGGCCCAGAGGUGAAUACAUAUUGGAAGAGAUAGGUAUUGCUGUUAACAAAAACACUUGCCCAGGUGACAAAAGUGCUUUGAAACCAAGUGGUCUUAGGCUAGGCACACCACCCCUCACAUCUCGUAACUUAAAAGAUGAUGACUUUGUAAAGGUCAUGGAGUUUUUUGAUGACGCUAUUCAUCUUGCUCAAGAAGCUAAUAAAGACUGUGGACCACUGCUAAAAGAUUAUAAAGCAAAACUACACUCCCCUGAAUUCAAAGACAGAGUUGUAAGUCUGAAAGAAAGAGUGGAAAAUUUUGCCAUUGCCUUUCCAUUACCUGGCUUUGAGGAUUGGUAGUUUAAAAAAAAAUAUAGUUUGUCUUUUGGUGAUUAUUAUUCAGUGGGUUAUUUAGGUUCAGUUACUAUUAUUUUUGUUCCACACUAUGGAUUUUAUUUAAAUAGUAUGGGUAAAUAUUUACUGACCAAUUAAAUUGAUUUAUUUAGAGAACUAUAUUUCAGUGAUUGUUAUAAACUUAAAGCAUUUAAAUUAACUCCUUGAAACAUCUUCUGAAAUGCCAGCUAUGUAAGUUUUAUUGUGAAAAUAUUUAGCUCUAAAAAAACUUAUAUUUGAUAUUUUAGUUUAUAAAAAAUGAAUACAAAUAAUAAUUCCACAUUUAGCGUAAGUUUGAAAUUUAAAGCUGUUUGAUGUUGAUAUGUUAUUAUUUUUCUUUAUAUAUGUGUUACAAUUUACAAAAAUAAUGAUAUUAUUAGAAUAUUAAUGUAACUUCAACAAUUUUUAUGAAUACAUGUUAUGUUUGAAUCUCUUUUGAGAUUUCUUGUGGGAACCCAUUCAUAGGCCAAUACAAUAUUUUUACAAAGAUUACAAAUAAUUCCUCCUCAGAUUUAAAGACAAAUGACCCUAACAAAUGUUUGUCUUUCUAUUUCUACAUUUUGAUUGUAAUAUGAUAUAUAUAGUAUCAUUUUUAUGAUUGAAUUAAGUGACAUGAUAUUAAAGUCUAUGUAGAUUUGAUAACACUACAUAUUUAGACCAGUCAGGGUGUGUUAAUGUGUUAUGAAUGUGUUUGUGGUAAGCUGUGGAGUAAUGCAGUAUGAGCGAGCUUAGACAAAUGAAAUCUCAAUGUUGCGCUACUGUUAUGGACCAAUAAUAAAACAUGUAAAACUUUGAA